ACGUAGCAAAUUAAAAAAAUUGUGUGUGUUUGCAAGGUGAAGAUAGUUAUCUACCAUUUUGGAAUUGAGCUCUUCUGGAAACCUCUCCUUGUCCCGUUUUCACCAACUUGUUUACUAUUAAUUGGUUUCUUUCCAUUCAUCAUUUUGUUACCAAGAAAAAAGAGAGCAUAUUGGUUACUCAAAGGCAUGGUUAUCACGCCGGCCGGUGUGACACUGGUUGAACCUGUACCGGUCAUAAAACCGGUAUGACACCAUCGGUAUGACUGGCAUGAUCGAUAUACGAAUCUCUAAGUAAACUGAUCUUAUAUUAGUGAAUUUAUUUGAUAAAAAGUAAUUUAUUAUUUAUUUUAUGUGUUAAAAAGUUAAAUGUUGAUGUUAUUUGUUGGAUUCAAGUACAAAUAUUUAGGUAUUGACGUUAAAUGUCAUGCUUAAAUAUGGGUAUUUGUAAAUUAUUUGUAAUAUUAACCGGCAUGAACCGACACAAACUGGUAUGUACCACCGGUCGAACCAUUCCACUUGCUAAACCGGCACACUAGCACAAACCGGUUUGACAACCUUGCACAGCAUGGAAGAAAAGAAUGAAGACCUUCUUGUGGGGUGUCGACGAGGAUCUCUGGACGGUGGUGCGUGAUGGUCCGGUUGCCAUGGAGGAUGCUGAGCAACACUUGGUCUGCUCUUCAAAAGAAGAGCGCCCAACUUAAUCAGCGGGCUAUGCACAUUCUCCAGUCAGCCAUGGCACCUGAUGAAGCCGAUAAAGUGGAACACUACGAAUCAGCUCGAGAGAUUUGGACUUCACUCGAAAGCACAUACGAAGGAACCUCGAACAUCAAAGAAACCAGAAUUGACCUUCUGGUCCACGAGUAUGAAUGCUUCGAAAUGGCUUCAGGUGAGAGAAUUCAUGAAAUGUACUCUCGUUUUACUGUUCUUAUAAACAAACUGAAAGGUCUAGGGAAAACUUAUCUUCUUAAAGAUCUAAAUAGAAAAAUCUUGAGGUCCCUCCCUAAACAGUGGUUGCCUAAGAGAACCGCUAUUGAAAAGGCUAGGAACUUGAAUACUCUAUCAAUAGAUGAAUUAAUCGGAUCGCUUCUGAGUCAUGAACAUGUCCUUAAACAAGUCAAUAAGGAUGAUGAAAAGUGCAAGAAAGGUCUAGCCUUUAAAUCUCAUGUAGUUGAUUAUGACUCUGAUAGUGAUCUAGGUGAUGAAUUCAAUAGAGAGUUCGCUUUAAUAAGCAACAAGUUUCACAGGAUGCUUAAGUGCAAGCAAGAACAGAAACAAAAGUCAUAUGAUCGAAAUAAUUCUUAUCCUGCUAACCCUUUUGACAAAGUCAAAAACUCUUUUCAAGAUAGGCUGCGUACUCCGCAUACCAAGCAUGUUGAAACAGGAACUCUAGACAAGGAAGCACAGGACUGCUACAAGUGUGGGAAGCCAGGACAUAUUCGUGCCAAUUGUCCCCUCACACUAAAAGCAAAAGAAAAGGCCUUGAAGGCUACAUGGAGUGAUUAUGAGUCCGACGAAGAGGAGUGUGAAGGGGAGGAAAGAGCACUCAUGGCAUACAUAGAACCUUCUCAAAGAAAUCAGCAACCCUGCAACAUCUAUGAAGAUUCACAGUGGUACCUUGAUAGCGGGUGCUCACAUCAUAUGUUUGGUAAGAACUAUCUGUUCAAUUCACUUGUUAUGAAACGUGGAGGUAAAGUAACUUUCGGAGAUGAUAGUCAAGGGAUAAUAGUUGGCUCUGGUAACAUAGGCAAAUCACCUGGUCCAUUCAUUAAGAAUGUGUUGCUUGUGGAUGGUUUGAAGCAUAACCUAUUAUCUAUAAGUCAACUCUGCAGCAAUGGUAAUCGGGUUAUUUUUUAAAACAACAAAUGUUCUGUAGAACAAGUCAAUGAAAAUAAAACCCUCUUCAUAGGAAAAAGAGUCAACAACAUGUAUCUUGUGGAUGUGUCUGACUUAAGCAUGUUUAACGCUAAAUGUCUUCAAGUCACAUCUAUUUCCUCGGAACUUCUUUGGCACAAACGUCUCGGACACGUCAGCAUUCCCAAGUUAGCUGUUUUGUCCAAACUUAGCUUAGUCAGAGGAAUACCUAAACUCACAUAUAAGGCAGAACCUGUCCCAGGUCAGUAACUCUUAUGGUGAGUAACCAUCAGUAACCUGUCCACAUCCGCAUGACAUCAGAUAAAUCAGAUUUCUCUCUCGUUUAAUCUUUAACGGACGAUUUCUCUCUCGUUUUAAGUCGAUUUUUUUUUGCACAGAUAAAUCAGAUUAAAUGUGCUCUUUUAAAUUAUAUCCACUUUGAUAUAUUUUUAGUACAAAAAAAAUUGAAUAAUUUUUUACCAGUCAUUACCAUAUGGUAUGCUCAAUUUUAAUACCAUAUGGUAAGAAAGCGUACCAUAUGGUAUGGAGAUUAGAUCCAAUAGAUCAUGAUUAAAUCGUUCCUUUUGUGCAAAAAUUUCCGAAAAUGACUAAACAACGAAGGAGAUACCAUAUGGUAUGGAGUUGGUAACGAGAGGGAUGAAAAAUUUUUCUCCAAAAAUAUUGAAAAUGGAUAUCAUUUUGUAGAGCACAACGAAUUCAUUCCAUCUGUGCAAAAAAAAUUGAAUCACAGUUAGAAUGAAGAAGAUAUGAUCCAAUUAAAAAAAUUAGGGAAAAUAAAUUCCUUUAAUUCUCCACCCUUAGAUCUGCAGCCACUUAAAAGAAGAAUCCAGAUUUGGUUACUUAUUGUUACUCACCCUAAAGUUACUCACCCUAUCAUGAGCCUGAAUUACCCCUACAUUUUUUUUACCCACCCAUCGCUGAAAAGAAAAGGAAGGUGCAUGGAUAUGCCUUGAAAAGUGAAAACCAUCCGGCUCUGAAAUUCUUGCUAUGUUUUGACUUUUGACUACUCGAGAUUACAGAGAAUAGCAUUGUAGCUGAUGGUGGUUAAGUGUUAACUCAUAAUAAUCGAAAAAACUAAGUGUUGGAUUGAAAGUGUAUACCAUCAAGAUUUAGUGGAUUUCAAUAACUCCGAAAUGGUUGGAAAAAAAAAAGUUGAAGUAUAACUGUUAUUCAGUUUAUGAAACUUGGGAGCGGAGCAAUUUAUUAAUACAGAAAGGCAAAGUCUAAUGAAAACAUAGAGGAGGGAAGCAAGAGGUUAAGCAAUCAAUCAACUCAUAAGCUGUUCCUGUAUUAAUGUAAUAUCAUUACCUUAAUUAUACAUCUUCUAAAAUCAAAGUGAAUCUACAAACUUGAGAUUGCACACCUAAUAUUAUGACCUAACUUAAAUCGAACGAUAAUAUUCAGACUCGUAAUUAGAAUUCAAACAAGAAAAUGCUUUACUUUGACCAGGCUUGCUGUGUCUCUACAGAGAGUGAUGCAAGAGAAGAGCUUAAUUCGACGAAAAGAGAGAAAAUGUGGACGCCACGAGCACAAUGGAAAUCAUGAUUAAGCAUUAAUUAUGUUCAGGUGGUCACCUUAAUCAAGAUCGCAUAUAGGAAAUGAAUAGUUUUUUAUAAGUGAAAUUAUUUAUAAUCAUUCGGCAGUAGAGAUGCAUGCAUGAACACAACCCCUAAAAACAUUAUUAUCAUAUAAAAAAUAGCAUCUAAAGUGGGACCUUUAAUAUGGCAUUUUCAAACAACCCACAUGGAGAUUUCUUGUAGUUGCAGGCAACUGAAAAAUCAAGGCAAUUCUUUAAACAAUUUUUUUCCACAGAUCUGGACAUCUGGUCCGAUUCUAGAUUAGAUCAGACUUUAAAACCCAUCUAGUUCUGGUCUUCAUCUCUUUCAGUUAAAAUGAAGACCACAAUUGGUACAAAAUCAAGCAAUGAUUCGGUU